AAAUCCCAGUUUUUAUGGCUGAAUUGUUAAAACGGUACUAUCCUAAAAACAUCGAUAUACAUAAUUAUGUUCCUGGUAAUAGCGUUGCAAAAAAAAUAGAUAACUGGUGUACGCUAAAUCGGAAGGUACUUUCAAAGCUUGAUAUCAAAUUAGGAAAAGAUAUAAUCAAUAAAUUGGCAAAUUCGCAACCUGGUAUUAUUGAAAAAGUUUUAAUCGAAUUGCGAACUAAAAUUUUAAAAGAUUGUAAUACGGAAAGGAAUAAUUUAUAUUCUGAAUAUCAGGAAAACGAAAAACCAGGUACGUAAAUGAUUACAGUCAAAUAAUAAAAUUUUGGAAAAAAUUUGUAUAAUUUUUGAGCAAAAUUUUAUUUUCUAUAAAGAAGUUGUUAAGUCAGUGCUCAAUACUGAAGAAGUAGCGAAUAAAACUGUUCCACGUCAUGUUUUUGUUCGAUUAAAACAGGAAUUAGAAGAAAAAAAUGAAAUGAUAAAAAUGCUUCAUCAAAAGGUAUCUCAUCUCGAGUCUUUGAUAAAACUAAAAGAUCAAAGAAUUACAGAUCUUACUUCACAAAUAAUAAAACCUGUAGAACAAAAUACACCAAGAUCUGUAAAUUUAAGCCCCACAUCUAAUGUAGUUUCAAAACUUCGAACGAAAAUUAUAUAGAUAAUUAGAUAUUUUUGAAAGUUUGAAAUGUUUUGAAAAUAUUUUAAAUAACAGUGUACUUCAAAAAAUUAUAUUAUUUAUAAACUUUUAAUUAAUAUAUCAUUUUAACAUAGU